AUGUCGAAGGAAACGAGAACACUGGAGGAAAAAGACAUUCAACCGGGUGACUAUGUCGGCACUAACUUUAGAGGUGGUACACGACAGGGCUAUGUUGAGCGAAUAGCAACUACAAAAGAAGAAGAUCAGAAACCAAAGGUUGUUAGGCCACCCAAAGUAAUCUUUAAAGACCAGCAUGGACAUGUAGUAGCACAUAACCCCAGUACAUUAUGGAAGGAUGAAACUAAAAGUGAGCGAGAGAGCAGUGGUAUUAAAGCAGAACAAGAGAAUUACUUUAAAGACGAAGACUAUAAUGAAGAAGAAGACGAAGAUUAUAAACCACCGCCAGAAGGCGAAGAGGAGGAUGAAGACGAGGAAAUUAAACCAGAGGAAAUCGAGGAAAUGAAACAAGAGCUUAAUAUUAACAUGUAA